GCUGUGGGUGAAUGACGUCACACCCCCGAGACAACAUCCCCCUGAGAGGAUGGCGGCUCAUCCCCGUCCGAGCGGACGGACAGCGCACGGGAAUAUCCCGGAACGUCGUCAUACGUCGUAGAAGAGGACGGCUAGGAGGAGCGGCGGAGUAUAGAUCGCCGUGAGCGAGACGGUGCUCUGCGUCCGGGAGAGCGACAGACUUCGAGGCCGUGGUGGUAAACGAAGACGGCGACAACCAGGGUGCAACAAGCGUCCGCGGACGUCACGCCGGGCAAACAUGAGUGAGCUAAACCUGCGGCUGGUUUACGCGAGGCUCGACUUGUGCGUCGCGAAUCGCACAGCUGUGCUCGCCGGAACGGAUGUACGUCGGAAAGCAAAGGACAUGGCACACCUGUAGAUACGAAAUGCCGGACUAGCGUACGCGCGAGAGAGCGAGUGGCCGACCAGAGUAGUGGCAGCAAGAAGGCAGAGCAGAGUAGUGAAGAGAGGGUAGAGAGCAAGUACGUAGAGAAAGAGAAAGAGAUCCUGUCGCUCGAAAAAAAAUUAAUUUGCGUGGCGCAAAAAUCUCGCGGAAGGAGAGAGAAUGAGUCACGCUCAACAGCAUGUGCUUGCGAGCGCGAUAGUUCUCGCGCUAUUAGUGGUAUUCGGCAUCCACGUCUUCCUGUUCCCCAUGUAUGACACGUCGUCCCCGCCGGCGCGCCACAUGAAGAUCUCCGUGUACGAGCAGACGCUCUGUCGCACGACCCUGAAGACAUCCAACGUCCGGGCACCGGCACCCGACUGGCGCAACAAUCCCUGUCCCAUUAACGGCAUAGUCUCGGCGGUGCAGGGCGGUAGACUCGGCAAUCAGAUCUGGGAGUAUGCGUCCGUGUGGGCGACCGCUCGUAGAACCGGCCUGGAGCCGUUCAUGCCGCGCUGCAUCCUCAAGACCCUGGAGGAGCACUUCGAGAACCUCAGCAUCCCGCCGCUCAGCUACAUCGGCAGGUGUACCUUGGACGUCGGGCAAGUGGUCAACUCGCUCAGUCAGUGGAAUAGCACGGACCAGAACAUCAUUAUACCCAGGCAUGCGGCUUAUUGGUCCUUGAUAUUGGUCUGGCUGGACGACGUACGACGGGAAUUCACGUUCAAGCCGAGUCUGAGAAUUUACGCGGAGAAAGUAUUGAGACGUGUAUCGGAAAAGUUCAAUCUAUCCUCGCCAACCUACGUCAGUGUACACGUGCGUCGAACCGAUUACGUGGAUUACCUUUGGCACAAGCUGAAGACGCGGCCGGCACCGGUAAGUUACUACCUGUCGGCGAUGGAUUACUUCGCCAGCAAGUACAGCAAUGUUGUCUUCGUAGUGACGAGCGAUAAUAUUGCCUGGUGCAAGUAUAAUUUGCACAGCAACCGUCAUAGAAUCAGUUUCGUAUCGGAUAAUGAUGGUAAGGGCCCGGGUAAGGAUCUAGCAGUCUUAUCCACGUGCAAUCACAGCAUAAUAGAUUACGGCACUUACGGCUCGUUCGGAGCUAUUUUGGCCGCCGGCGAAACUGUAGUUUACAAUGUAACAACAUACUUUUCUACGUUGAUCGCCGACGUUCUACCAAAAUGGAGGAUAAUGAGUUGAACGAGAAUCAAAGCUCUUGAGUAUAAAACAGAACAUAUUUACGUUGUAUCAUGUAUACACAUUUUUUACAUAAUUUACGUAAUUACAUAAUUUUUUCAAAAAAAAUCGUCAUUUACAUUAUUCUUGGAAAUUUUUAAUUAAUUUACAUGCAUUAAAAAAGUUUCUGAGAAGCUAUUAUUUCUUUUUUAAUAUUAAAAUUUGCAAUUUAAUAUUUAAUUACUUUAUAAAUUUUUAUCAGAUCGGAAAUAUGUAUAUUUGCUCUAUGCAAAGGAUCGUCGUAUAUUAUUUACUUCUGUUAUUUAUUCAAAUAUGGUAAUUAAUGUAAACUACAUGAAAGUGUGUAUAUCUUGCCUUUUUGCCACCUCUAGAUUAUAUAUCUAUAUUCAUCUUUUUUUAUUUAUUAUACAAAUGCAUAAACAUUUUGACAGUAGUAAAAUUCAAUGAAAGUGUGUGUUGCUACAUCACAUUAAAUUUUAUAUGUAUAUGUAAAUGCAUCAAAAUGCGCUUAGUAUUACGCGCAUACAUAUAUUAUGCUCUUAUUUAAAUUUAGUGUGUGCACAUAAACUAGAAAUCGAUGCACUUGUAAAUGUAGCGAGCGAGAAAACCUUUCAAGGAACUCGCGAGGAAAAGGUUUACAAUGGAACAAUGGACCACUAAUAUCUAAAAUUAAAACAGAUGCUUAUUUUUUCUACGAUUCCGAUACAAACUCGACACGGCCGUAAAAAUUUAAUGAAAAGAAAACAAAGAAAGCGUAAAGAGAUAUCGGCUAUUUCUUUCGAAUAAAGUGAUGAUCAAAAGAGCCUAAUAUAUUCAGAAAAGAAACACGCGUACGAAUAAAUUCUAAAUUCUUGUGCAGAGUGCUCAGAAUUGUAUCUGGUUAGUGAUCCCUUAACUUUGGCGUGAGAUCUUUCCCGAAAACUGGAUUUUCUGAUAUUAUUUCGUAGUUUAUAUCGUUUUCUAUAACAUAUAGCCUAGUGUCGUGGAGUUUCAGAUUGAUUGCGUUUACACGUUUCAAUGUAUAUUUCAUAUCGCGUAGCGAACGUGUAAUAUAAAUACUUCACGAAACCGAUAUAUUGACAACCAUCUAAGUCUUAUAAUGUACAAUGAUUUCAACUGUGAUUCUAUUUCUUAUUGUGCCAAAAUUCUUAAUAUACACAUAUAAACAUACAUAUAUAUACAUAUAUAUAAAUAUAUAU